AAGUGCGGCUCACACCGGUAUUCACACGGAGCUGACUGUGAGGAUGGCCGGCUUUGCAGAGCUCGGGCUGUCAUCGUGGCUUGUGGAACAAUGUCGGCAGCUCGGUUUGAAGCAGCCCACACCCGUGCAGCUCGGCUGUAUCCCCGCCAUCCUAGAGGGUCGGGACUGCCUGGGCUGUGCCAAGACGGGAAGCGGCAAAACAGCAGCGUUUGUCUUGCCCAUCUUGCAGAAGCUGUCUGAGGAUCCCUAUGGCAUCUUCUGCCUCGUCCUGACCCCCACCAGGGAGCUGGCCUACCAGAUCGCAGAACAGUUCCGGGUCCUAGGGAAGCCUCUUGGCUUGAAAGACUGCAUCAUCGUUGGCGGCAUGGACAUGGUGGCCCAGGCCCUGGAGCUCUCCCGGAAACCACAUGUGGUCAUCGCCACGCCGGGGCGCCUCGCUGACCACCUCCGCAGCUCCAACACUUUCAGCAUAAAGAAGAUCCGCUUCCUGGUGAUGGAUGAGGCAGACCGCCUAUUGGAGCAGGGCUGCACUGACUUCACUGUGGACCUGGAGGCCAUCCUUGCGGCCGUGCCAGCCCACAGGCAGACGCUGCUCUUCAGUGCCACACUGACCGACACGCUGAGGGAGUUGCAGGGCCUGGCCACCAAUCAGCCCUUCUUCUGGGAGGCUCAGGCCCCGGUGCGCACAGUAGAACAGCUGGACCAGCGCUACCUGCUAGUGCCUGAGAAGGUCAAGGAUGCCUACCUGGUCCACCUGAUCCAGAACUUCCAGGAUGAGCAUGAAGACUGGUCCAUCAUCAUCUUCACAAACACAUGCAAGACCUGCCAGAUCCUGUGCAUGAUGCUGCGCAAGUUCAACUUCCCCACCGUGGCGCUGCACUCCAUGAUGAAACAGAAAGAACGCUUUGCUGCCCUGGCUAAGUUCAAGUCCAGCAUCUACCGGAUCCUGAUCGCGACAGAUGUGGCCUCCCGGGGCCUGGACAUCCCUACGGUGCAGGUGGUUAUCAACCACAACACCCCCGGGCUCCCGAAGAUCUACAUCCACCGGGUUGGCCGGACAGCCCGCGCAGGGCGGCAGGGCCAGGCCAUCACGCUGGUGACCCAGUAUGACAUCCACCUGGUACACGCCAUUGAGGAGCAGAUCAAAAAAAAGCUGGAGGAGUUCUCGGUGGAGGAAGCCAAAGUGCUGCAAAUUCUUACACAGGUCAACGUGGUGCGGAGGGAAUGCGAGAUUAAACUGGAGGCGGCCAACUUUGAUGAAAAGAAGGAGAUUAACAAGCGGAAGCAGAUGAUCCUGGAGGGAAAGGACCCUGACCUGGAGGCCAAGCGCAAGGCAGAGCUGGCCAAGAUCAAGCAGAAGAACCGGCGCUUCAAGGAGAAAGUGGAGCAGACACUGCAGAGGCAGAAGGCUGGCAGGGCUGGCCGCAGGGGACGUCCACCCAGGGCCCAGCCUGAGGCCCGCUCGUCCACAGCACCCACUCAGGGCCUGGCCUGAGAUCCACAUGGUCCCCACCUGCCCAGCCUGGGACACCUUCAUCGAGCUGUCGGUGGGAGGAUCCUCCCCCAAGGACAGUUCCCCCUCCCAGUCUGCCCAGUCCCCCUCAGCAGAGUCCACGGACACCCAUGUUGUGUGGCGCACAGCCUCUCCACCCUGUGGCCCCUUCUCAGAGCCUUGGCCAGGAGCCAGGCAGCAGAGGAGGAAAGAAUGCUGGCUGUGAGGUUUGGGCCCAAGUCCACAAACAGUGACCUUGGCCCAGGAUCACCCUGUUGGGGGAUGCCAUGGGGCCCUGAAGUGAAGAUGUGUUACUUGCAGGAGGUGCUCAAUAAAUGAGUCUUUCAACUUC